UCCCGCAAGUUUUUUUUAACUUUACAUGUUAUUGUUGUUGCUCUAAGGAAGGCCAAACUCUUCAUUUUCGCCUACACUUGACCCCUCGUUCACUUGACGUUUCGACGGACUUUAAAAACAAAGUGUUUCGGGGCGCGGUACUCCACUAGAGAGCCGAAGAAGGAAGGAAGGAAGGAAGGAAGGGAGGGAGGCAUCGGUGACUCGGACUGACCACGGCGGAGCUUAUGAUGCCGACGUUGCGGGACAGCACCAUAUCCCACCCCGGCGAGAUUUCCCACCAAGUCCGGGUGAAAGCGUAUUAUAAAGGGGACAUCAUGAUCACUCACUUUGAGCCGUCCAUCUCAUACGAGGGUCUGUACGGGGAGUUGAAGGACAUGUGCUCCAUGGACAACGACCAACUCUUCACCAUGAAGUGGAUCGACGAGGAAGGUGACCCCUGCACCGUGUCAUCUCAGCUGGAGCUGGAAGAAGCUCUGCGUCUCUACGAACUCAACAAAGACUCGGAGCUCAUUAUCCACGUAUUCCCAUGUGUACCGGAGAAACCUGGUAUGCCGUGUCCGGGGGAAGACAAGUCUAUAUAUCGGCGUGGAGCGAGGCGCUGGAGGAAGCUUUACUAUGCCAGUGGUCACGCCUUUCAGGCCAAGCGCUUUAACAGGCGAGCCCAUUGUGCCAUCUGCACGGACCGCAUCUGGGGUCUGGGAAGACAAGGCUACAAAUGCAUCAACUGCAAACUGCUGGUGCACAAGAAGUGUCAUAAACUGGUCACAGUGGAGUGUGGCAGACAGAUGAUCCAGGAACCAAUCAGGCCCGUCGCGCAAUUGAGUGACCUAGACCAACCUGAACAGCCAGUCCCUCCGAAUAAAGACUCCAGCGAAAGCUUGCCUUUCGAUUGGGAAGAGAAAGAGCCGCGGUACACGGGGAAAUCGCCUUGCAGCCUGGGCCUGGCAGACUUUGAUCUUCUGAGGGUGAUCGGCCGAGGCAGCUACGCCAAGGUGCUGUUGGUGCAGUUGAAGAAGACGGAGCGCAUCUACGCCAUGAAGGUGGUGAAGAAAGAGCUGGUCAAUGACGAUGAGGACAUCGACUGGGUCCAAACAGAAAAGCACGUUUUUGAGCAGGCCUCCAAUCACCCCUUCCUGGUCGGCCUCCAUUCCUGUUUCCAGACGGAAAGCAGACUUUUCUUUGUUAUUGAAUAUGUGAACGGUGGAGAUCUAAUGUUCCACAUGCAGAGACAAAGGAAGCUCCCAGAAGAACACGCCAGAUUCUACGCCGCAGAGAUCAGUCUGGCGCUCAACUACCUCCACGAGCGGGGAAUCAUCUACAGAGAUCUGAAGCUCGACAACGUGCUGCUGGACUCUGAAGGACACAUCAAACUGACAGACUACGGCAUGUGCAAGGAGGGCUUGAGACCAGGCGAUACAACGAGCACGUUCUGUGGUACACCCAAUUACAUCGCCCCCGAAAUACUUAGAGGAGAGGAUUAUGGGUUCAGUGUGGACUGGUGGGCGCUGGGCGUGCUGAUGUUUGAGAUGAUGGCGGGCCGGUCGCCCUUCGAUAUCGUCGGGAGCUCUGAUAACCCAGACCAGAACACAGAAGACUACCUCUUCCAAGUAAUAUUGGAAAAACAGAUCCGAAUCCCCCGCUCGUUGUCAGUCAAAGCCGCCAGUGUCCUCAAGGGCUUCCUCAACAAGGAACCCAAGGAGCGUCUAGGCUGCCACCCUCAGACGGGCUUCGCCGACAUCAUGAGCCAUCCGUUCUUCCGAAACGUCGAUUGGGACCUUCUGGAGCAGAAACAGGUGGUCCCUCCUUUCAAGCCCAACAUCUCAGGGGAAUUCGGAUUGGACAACUUUGACGCCCAGUUUACCAACGAGCCCAUCCAGCUCACGCCUGAUGAUGACGAUGUGGUCAAGAAGAUCGACCAGUCUGAGUUCGAAGGAUUCGAGUACAUCAACCCACUCUUGAUGUCGGCGGAGGAGUGUGUCUGAGGGGACGUGACAUCUGCGCUCAUACACACCACCCACCCUCUGCCACACACACACACAGACACACACUCUCACCCAUGCACGUGUUACGUGGCGUCUCGGUGUCUUCAAGCUGCAUGGUUACGAGAUAACCUGGCAACAUCAACCUUUUGUUCGAGGGCUGCACAUGCACAGUAGAACGCUUAUUUGCCAAAACCAGUCUCACACUCUGCCAUUUAUAACCACUUGCCCUUAAGCCUACUUUCUGUUUUUUUCUCCAUUAUUUUUAUAUCAUGUAAAUCUGCACUGAUAUUGAUUUUCUCAUCGGGCCUCGUUAACGGUAGCCAACGUGGCUACAAAGUUCUUCCACGGUUGCUGUAUGUCGGGGGAUGAGGCGCAGCCCCUGACGGAUGAACUCCCAGCUGGUGGGGUGUUUUCAACGCAUAUUUUAUUUGUACAUAUAUGAAUCUUCUAUAAAUAUUAGACAUGGACUUUUUAGCUUCAAGCCACAGUCGGACAAAACUGACAACUUAAUCACCUUAAAGACAUUUUGGAUUCAGCUUUGUCUCAACGGCCCUACGGUAGACGGAAGAAGAAUCAUAACACUAGCCUUUAAACAAACAAAAAGAUACAAAAUCUAUAUAUUUUUCUCAUGUUUUAUUUAACAUCAUUAUAUAUGUUGUUCUAAUGUGUCACAUGUCCAGCCAGAGUAACAACCAAAAGGAUUGUUGUUCAGAUGGAAACACAACAGCAUCUGGAAACCAGAAGGUGUCUACUUGGAGUCCCUUCUCCCCAGAAUGAAGGAACGUAUACAGCCGCAUCCAACCAACACUAAUAAUGAGUUUAUACUCUCAAACUGUGAAUGAAAGAGGCCGCAAUGCUGGGAAAUGGUCUGCAAGAGAAGCACAUCAUACCUGAGCGCUGGAGCGCAGGUUACAUUUUACUGUGCAGACUAUCCAUGAAAUAUGCAUUCACACAGGACCAAAAAACAUUUUAAUGUCUUGCUGGUAUGAAUUAAAAGGUACAGUAUACAUACGGAUAUGUGCUGUCCCAGAUCAGAGAAUUUAUAUAUUCUGAUUUCUUUGCUCAUUUUUAAUGCAAUGCUUUUCUGAAAUGAAUAGUCUGUCUUUUUUUUUUUUUUUGUACUUUCUCCAUUCCAUGUAUGUCUUCCAUUGUAAAUCAAGAUACGGAUUGUUUAAGCGAGAGAUUGGUCAGAAGCCACAACACAGUAUUCACUGUAAACUGUGUUUAUUUUUACCAUAUAUACCAUUACCUGAAUUAGAUAUAUUGUAAAACUGAUUUAAAGCACAUAAAGGCUACGUCAAGCCGUUCUCUACCCCGGACUGUAACGACACUAAGUGAUGGUGAGUGAACCUCCAGACUGUGAAGCUUCUCACUACUUGGAAAAUGUUUUUGGGCUUCACGUGGUGACCAGAGGAACUCAUUCAUCUGUUACACAUGUUACUUUAGUUUUUUUUCUUACUUUUUUUGUGAAUCGGAUUGAAUUUUGAUUCCCUUUUUUUAUUUUAUCACUACAUUGAUUCCAAAAUGUUACUGGGUGAACCCAAUGAAAACACUUUGUUGUAUUUGUUGUGUUUUGGGGACGUUUACCACCCAGAGGACUCUGCUGACAUGUAUUAUUAAUGUGCAAAGAAAAAAACACAGAUGGUAAAAUAAACAUUUUAUUUCUC